CCUCGACACCACCUGUACUCAGGUACCCUUGGUCCUUUUCGGGCCUGCCACCCUGUCGCCCCCUGUCGCACCCUGUAGCCCCCUGCAGGCCCGCCCCACGCUGUUCUCAGUGCUCCACUGCUCUCACGAACAUGCCCCCGUUGCCAAGCCAUGGGGAUAAGUAUCUCAAAUAUCGCUCCUUUUCCCUUUUUUCUGCUUCCUCAACUCACGCUCUCAAGCACAUAUUCCCCCCCCCCGGCAGUGCAGUUCCUUUUUGGCGGGCCCCUCCUCGCUCUUACAUUCCCUCACGCAUCUUGCCAGUCAAGAGAUCUCGUUGACCGAGCAUCUAAUUUUUAUUCCACUUAUACACCUCGACGGAUAUAACACUCAUUUAGUCUACGCCUAUACUCUAUAUAUUAUCUCUCAACAUGCAGCUCCAGAAAGUUUUGAUUGCGGCGCUCUUCGCCACGGCGGUAUCAGCUCAAGGAAACAAGAAUGGCCAACCUCCCAAGGGGGGUGGUGGUGGUGGAGGCGGAGGAAACAACGACAAGAAGGCUGAUGACAACAAGGACGCUGACAAGGGCAAAGCCGCUGGAGGUGGUGAUCUAACACUCGAUGCUAAAGUCGUUCAAAGCGCUUCUGCGACUGAUGGAAGUAAAGAUGGGCAAUCGGAGCCAGGUCAAGCGAAAUCGCUUACUUCAACGAAUAACUUCAUCAACCAUUGUGCUGGUAAGACAUUAACAAACGGUCUCCAAGUCGAAGGCGGUUCAUGUAACGGUAUCGGUAAGUCACACCCAUCAUUCCAAUCUGUUGAAAACAUCUAAUCAGGAAUAGUCAUGGGUGACAUCCCAGCUAAGGCCUCUAUGGUUUCUGGCAUGAUUACAUUUCCUGAGACUGGUGGCAAGGCACCCGAGCCAAACAAGGACUUCGAUAUCACCGUCCAAAUCAACAACUUGGUAGCCGGAUCCUUUACCAACCCCAAGGCAACAUACUACUCCGCUCCACAGCAAUUGCAAGGUGGCAAGGUUGUCGGACACACUCACGUUACCGUCCAAGAUCUGGGAAACUCUUUGAACCCAGGCAAGCCUCUGGAUGCAACUCAAUUCGCUUUCUUCAAGGGUAUCAAUGACGCUGGUGACGGAAAGGGUGGUCUCAAAGCUACCGUCACGGGUGGUCUUCCAGCAGGAAACUACCGUGUCUGUACCAUGACCUCAGCAGCCAACCAUCAGCCAGUUCUUAUGCCAGUUGCCCAACGUGGUACCCCAGAUGAUUGCACCAAGUUCACCAUUGGCGGUGGAGGAGGUGGCGGCGGUGGUGGUGGUGCUGCUGGCGGUGGAGGUGCUGCAAAAGCUGGUACACCUCCUGCAAAAGCUGGUACUCCCGCUCCUGCUAAGGCGGGUACACCUGCUCCUCCAGCAAAAGCUGGUACUCCUCCCCCAAAAAACAACGACGACAAAAAGGACGACAAAGACAAAGACAAAAAGGAGGACAAAGACAAGAAGGAGAACAAAGCAAAGGCAUUUGGAGGAUUUGGAAACCCAGCCGGAAGAAGAAGAGCUGUUCGAGAAUUCAUCGCAUAAAAAAGAUUUCAAAGUUCGCUUCAUGUCAAGAUACGAGGGAUACCAUUUAGAGGGGAAUACAUGCUUCAGGCUAGUGGGGUUUAAUUCAUUUUCAGAGAGGUGUAGUCUGCAGCCUGGUAAUGUUCGGGUUUACAGUUUAGAUUCAGCUGACAGAGCAGCACCAAUGCGAUUGCAUUUUUUAUAUUUUUAUAUUUUUUCUAUUUUAUUUUUUCUUGUUAGGGGGUUAUGUAUCGAAUAUUGUCUGUCUGUAAAUAUUGAUCUGAAAUAUAAUGUCAUAGAUCGA